GUAAGGUUUAAAUGUGUAAUUGUAUAAUUCAAAUAUAUUUAGUAUAUUAUUUUUUUUUUAUAGUUUAAUGUUAUAAUAUUAUACUAAAUAUUAAUAGCGAUCACUUCUGUACGAUUUAAAUUUUACAUAGAGACGUAUAGUAUUGGUUAAUAUUGAAGGAUAUUAUUAAUAAUUUAUAAUAAAAAAGAUUUAUAUUUUUACUUUAAACAAAAAUACCGAGUACCCGCAAUAAUUAUAACUGUAUUUAAAAUGAGUUUUAUAACUAAUACAUUUUAUGGUGGAUUAACUGCUGGUAUACUAAUUGGUAUCGGUUUUAAUAUAAUCAAGGAUUAUAUUGUAAGGACUAAAUGGAAUAGUCAAAAUAAAAAAAGUGUGGUUGAAAGUCAACAACCCAAUUCAUUAAUAAAAAACAACGGAGAAUUCAAGAUGGCAUUAUUAGUUCGUCAUGAUUUGAAAAUGGGCAAAGGCAAAGUUGCUGCACAGUGCUCACACGCAAUUGUGCAUUGCUAUGAAGAAGGCUUGAGGUUAAAACUAAAAGAAAUAAAUAGCUGGGAGUCAAACAAUAAGCCAGUGGAUAUAUUCAAGGUAGCAGAUGAAGAAACUAUGUUAGAAUUUCAACAAUUAGCCAUUGAAAAGGGAUUCAAUACCUAUGUAGUAGUAGAUGCAGGCCGUACACAGGUCGCACCUAGAUCUAAAACAGUGAUGGCUAUAGGCCCAGUUGAAAGUGAGUGUGCAGUUGUGUCAGUUAUUGCGUAUAAUAAAACUAAAUUGCGCAAUUUACCCUCCAAAUGUGCUAGAGUUGUUUUACGUGCACCAGAUUUAAAAACAUUAGAGUGUAUUCAAAAGCAAUGCAAGUUAUUUGACAUUCCAACAGCAACUUUUACUGAAAACGAUCAAAUGACAGUUUUAGCAAUUGGUCCAGCUAAUGAAACUUCUAUAAAUGCUCAAGUGCACAGUUUAAAAUUGUACUAAUAUUGUUUACUAUUAAUAAAGCAGAACCUCAUUAACCCGGACAUCGUUUAAUCCGAACAGCCAUUUAUGAUAUGUAAAUUACGCUAGUUUAUGUUGUAGAUUAAAAUAAACAAGAAAACAAGUUUUUACAAAUAUCCAAAUAAAUAAUUUUUAGGUUAAAUAUUGUAAGAUAUACAUAUGUAUUUAUAUUCAGUUUGAAACUUGUAUAAUAAAAUAUCCAAUACAUUUUUUUUAAAUUUAUAA